AUGGGCUCUGAACAAUGGAACCCAGCCAACCUCACGUAUCUCCGCAAACGAUACAGAAAGGAGGAGGGCAAGCCUCCAGCGGGUGGCCCGCGCGUGCGACAGAUGCCGAUCGAUGCGCACAAGAUGCUCAGGAGGCCAACCGUGCAGCAAUUGCAGGAAAGCAGGGAGCGCAUCCGGGGGCUGGAGGAUGAGAAUAACGCCCUCCGACAAGCCUUGAACGCGGUGAUGACCCCUUCAAGCACGAACUCUGAAGCCCUCACAAGAUUCCGUGACUUGAUCUCCAACACCGAAUCACAGGAGCAAGCCGUUCCUGGUGCCUCUGCGCCCACCUCGUCUAUCAGGUCCCAAUCCAAGGAGGAGUUUCCCCCUGCUCCACGCGUUAAAAAGCCCCGUGGUGCAGAAAAACAUGCGGACAGCAGUGUUGGCUCGCCCGGUCGCCAAGAUAUCCUGACGCACAGCGUCGAUUAUGGCCAAGGUUCCGGGGCUGGAGGGUUUGUUGGGAAGAGGUCACCAAUCUCCUGGAUAGCUCGAGCCGCCAGGUAUCUGUUCACUCCAGCAAAUAGCCCUUUCGACUGGCUGGAAGAGCCGGAGUGGCUUGCUGACGCCAAGUUCUCCUGCUUCGUCGACGACAACAAUGUUCUCAGUGUGGAUGAAGACCUUGUCAAUGCCCUCCAACCUCCCAGUAGUGCAGCCAUCUCUGUACUUUCGGAAGCAUUCUUUCAGGCCUCCGAGCCCAUUCUCAAUCUUGUCGCAAAGGCUCAAUUCCUGGAGAGGUCAACUGAAGUCGUACACGGCCUGAAUAAUAUGUCGUGGGAGCAACAUCGCUGGCUAGCUUCGGCGAACCUCAUGUGGGCCAUCGGAGCCAAAUGGCUGCACAUGGCGAAGCUUCAAGAUGAAGACCUAGGUAUUGAGAAUCACUUGGUAUAUUACGCCCGAGCCCGAGCCCUAGGACUCGACCAUCGGAUUGUCCAAGACCAUCCGAACGUCGGUGGCGUACAGGCUUUGGGCCUCCUGUCAUUCUAUCUAUGGGUCAAUGGCUCGAUAAAUCGCGCGUGGUCUAUGGUAGGAUUAGCUAUUCGCCACGCGACAGGUCUGGGUUUGCACCUCAAAACCACCGACCCACGGUUGGGUCCUGUCCAGUUCGAGGAGAGGGCUAAUACCUGGUAUUCGUUGUACAAUCUGGAAGUGAUGUUGUCGGAAAUCCUGGGUCGACCUACUUCUACCGCUGUCACUGACAUGACGGCCCCCAUGGCAUCCUACCAACAUGAGACGCGGCAGCUGUCAGCCGAGAAUGGACGCGCUUCUGAACACAAAGCUGUGUGGGAAAUUUUUCUGCGUCGUACAAGGGACGUUACCUGGACAUCUGGCCAGGAUCAGACGCCGUGGCGUAAUUUUUCAAGUAUCGCUAACCAUUCCCCUUGGAACCACCACUUUUACUACAACAGACUUUGCACAAUUAGUCACCUGAUUGAACGGUCCCUUUAUGGGCCUCAGACAAAAGCCUCCUGGCUAGAAGUUCAACAACGGCUUAGCAAUCUUCAAAGACAUCUCACGGCGUGGGAAAAUAGUCUCCCGAGAGAACUCAACCUCUGGGGCGUUGAGGGAGUCGAUGCAGAUCUCCGCGUAAAGAUCUCGUUGGCACUAUAUCACCAGAGCCUUAAGAUGACGCUUUACAGAUCGUGUCUGUGCGAACUCGACAUUCCCGAUGAGUCUGACGAAUCCCGAGAAUUCAACAUGAGUAGUGGGCAAAACUGCAUUCGUGCAGCGAUGUCCAUGAUGGACAUUCUGCCUGAACUGCCUGCUAUACACGAGGCCGUUCGAAUUCUGCCAUGGUGGAAUCUUCUGCAUUAUCUUAGCCAAGCUCUGUCCGUGUUUGUGCUGGAGCUCUGUAUAGAUGCCAGACACUUACAGGGAUCCCCUGACAAGCUGGAGACUUACAUGAUCAAAGCGAUGUCGUACCUGCAGUGUCUGGCUCCCGAGUCAAGGUCUAGCUACAGAGCAUGGAGGACAUUUCGACUUCUUCUUUCCCUGGUGAAUGGGAGGGUGCCAACCCUCAAUAUCGCAGAUAUCCCGUCAGAGAUCUAUAAGCCACCGGGCUGGAGGUCCACUGACGAGGUGCAGCUUCUGACUGACUUGGCCGGAUGGUAG